GGAAGCACCUUUAUAACCCUUAUCCCCAAGAAUGAAAAACCUAAAGUAUUUGGUGACUACAGACCAAUUUCAUUGUCCACUUUCAUGAGCAAAAUAAAUACAAGGAUACUGGCUGAUAGAAUUCAAGCUCUACUCCCUAAAAUUAUAUCUCCUGAGCAAACAGGUUUCCAAAAAGGUAUGGGGGUGGAGAAACAAAUUCUAUUGGUUGAGGAAAUGGUACACAAAAUUGACACCAAGGUCAGAGGAGGCAACAUCAUUGUUAAGAUUGACAUGGCUAAAGCUUUUGACAACCUGGAAUGGCAGUAUCUUCAGGGGGUACUUAACAAGCUGGGCUUCUCAACUCAUGCCCAGAAUCUGCUUAUGGCUAACCUUAAAUCCACUUUUCUCUCCAUUUUGAUUAAUGGCAGCCCCAAGGGAUACUUCCAGAUGAAGAGAGGAGUUAAACAGGGUGACCCCCUAUCCCCACUCCUCUUUAUCAUUGCUGGAGAGGGUCUUUCUAGAGCUCUCAAUUUAUCUAUGAAGUCAUCCUACAUCACCAACUACAACACUGGAAGAGAUAUGAUGAUAAGCCAUCUUGCUUUCGCAGAUGACAUUAUCAUUUUCUGUAAUGGAGAGUGUAAAAAUAUCUAUAAACUCAAACAUAUUCUCAAUAUGUACAUGGAGGCCUCUGGACAGCAGAUUAACUAUGAAAAGAGUAAAUUCUACUGUGGGAACAAACUAGGCAGGUUAGCCAUUAGCAAGAUUGAAGGAAUCCUGGGAAUGAAACAUGACAAGCUUCCUUUCAAAUAUCUUGGAGCACCAAUUUGCAAGGGAAAGUUAAAGAAAACUGAUUGUGGUGAGCUUUUCAAACACUUUAAUAAGUACAUUGAUAGUUGGUAUAGCAAGACUCUUAACCAGAGUGGUAGACUUAUUCUCAUAAAGCAUGUGCUUUCAUCCAUUCCACUACACCUUAUCGCUGCACACACUCUCCCAAAGUCUGUCAUUACUAAACUUCAUUCAAUGAUGGCAAAUUUUUUUUGGGGCACCUCAAGUGGGAACAACAAGUAUCAUUGGACUAAGUGGGAAGAUAUAUGCAAGCCAAAAGAAGAGGGUGGACUGGGAGUUAGAGACAUAAGGGACAUCCAGGAUGCAUACUCUAUAAAGAUGUGGUGGAAUUUCAGAUUCCAUAACAACAAGUGGGCCCAGUUCAUGAGGAAAAAGUAUAGCAUAAAUUGCUUUGAGGAAAAGAUCACAGACUCUCCAAUCAGGAAAAGAAUCUGCAGAAUACAUUCAAAGGCUGAGGAAUUCUUGGGGGACAUCACACCAGAUCAAGAGGAUGAAGAAGAGAUGGAGGCAGUACCUAUCACAAUUAAACAGGCCUAUGACCACUGUAGGAUACAUACCAAUAUGCAACUGAGCGACUCUUUCAUCUGGGAAAAACUACAACUCCCAAAAAUUCAAAUGUUCCUAUGGAAAGUGAAGAACAAUAUCCUCCCAUUCCCAGAUACUAUGAACAGAUUCAGGACCAGCUUCCCAUCUCAGUGCCCAUUCUGUAAGAAGGAAGAAGCCACUAUGGACCAUUGUCUUUUACAAUGUUCUAAGAUACAAAAUAUAUGGGCAGAAAUGGCAAAUAUUUGCGAAGGACCUAAACUACAACAGGGAAUAGGACUAAGACAGCACAUUCUAGAGUGGAAUUUGAGAUCAACACAUAAUUCCUAUGUGGGAAACCUAAGGCUAGUCGCUCCAGGUAUAAUUGCGUGGUCAAUUUGGAAGCAAUUUGCUUCAAUAUAUUUUGGAGGAGAGAUGGAGAGCUAUAGGGAGAUAAACAACAACAUCAAGCUUACCGUUAAUCUUUGGUGCUAGAAAUACCGGAGAAAGGGGUGGAUGAUCAAGGAAAAUGAGCUCAGCGAGUGGGGAUUUCAACCUUUCGCCCUUGCAGGAGCUCUGAUUUGCCGUCAAGCUGGGAAAUAGGUUAACUCCAAUUUCGGUUAUGUGUAUGGUUUGCGCCUUGCCUACUUAGCCUAGGGUUCUUUUACUUUGUUUAUGUUGUUGGAUUGUUAUUUUACUUUCGGGGCGUCGGUCUAGUCCUCCCCGAACGUGUUGUAUCGUUUCCCCCUUUUACCUUCUUAAUAAACUCGGUAAGCGUUC